ACCACGGACAUCUUCAGGGACUUACAAGGGAUGAACAAGCACCAGCUAUAUUACCAGAUUUUAAACUUUGCCAUGAUUGUAUCUUCUGCUCUUAUGAUAUGGAAAGGCUUGAUAGUUGCCACUGGAAUUGAAAGCCCUAUUAUGGUGGUGCUGAGUGGCAGUAUGGAAACAGCUUUUCAUAGAGGAGACCUCCUGUUUUUAACAAAUUUCUGGAAAGAUCCCAUUAGAGCUGGGGAAAUAGUCAUUUUUAAAGUUGAAGGAAGAGAUAUUCCUAUAGUCAACAGAGUCAUCAAAGUUCAUGAAAAAGACAAUGGAAAUGUCAAAUUUCUAACUAAAGGAGAUAAUAGUGAAGUUUAUGAUAGAGGUUUGUACAAAGAAGGUCAAAACUGGCUAGAAAAGAAGGAUGUUGUAGGAAGAGCAAGAAGGUUUUUGCCAUACAUUGGGAUGGUUACCAUAAUCAUGAAUGAUUAUCUGAAAUUCAAGUAUGCUUUUUUGGCUAUAAUGGGUGAACAUGUGACACUGAAAUGUGAAUCCUAA